GGCGUUGAACGUUAUGUUUACAGUAUACUGGCAGACCGAUCAGGAAAAAGGGGACUAUGAAAAAGUGCGACACUUCCAUUCUUCCACAUGGUUCUCUUACUGCUCAGGCGAGCUGCGCAGACAGCGAUAUUAAACAUCUCAUAGGAAAGUUACAGAGUUGUUUUCAGCAGCGAAGUGCUCUAGGUAUCACAGGGCGAGUUUUCAGUCGCACUGGCAGUUGAACGUUUGAGUGCAGAACGUUGAAGUUUGAACUUGUUAUUUCGUGCGUCUUUUUUGGAAGAUAUACGCGCACCGGAGACAGUGUCUCCAAAACGGACUGAUCAGACAGAGUACUGCAAAGAAAGAGAGAGGAGACUUGCAAUAACUUUUACACAUUCAGUCUGUGUGGUUACAUAAACAUACAUUUCUUGAGUGACUGAAACAAAACUCUGAUGAUAUAACAUUGGCAACUUUUACGCACUUCACACCAUAACAACAUAAUUCUGAAUAGCACUUUUUUUUAAAAUUAGGUUUCCUGUCUAACCGAGAGACAGAGAAGGAAAGAAAGAGAAACGAUGGUACAGCACAUCAGCCACGCAGAGAGCACGGAUCCCUUCUCUCCCGGCGGUGACUCCACCGAUACCGGGGAUAUGGACUUGGACAUGGACGUGUCCCCGACUCCCGGGUCUCCGCUAUCCUCCAACGGAGGGGACCGAGGCAACGUCGCCUGGUGUAAAACCCCCACGGGACACAUCAAGAGACCGAUGAACGCGUUUAUGGUGUGGUCUCAGAUAGAGAGGAGAAAGAUUAUGGAGCAGAGCCCGGACAUGCACAAUGCUGAGAUCUCCAAGCGGCUGGGCAAGCGCUGGAAACUACUCAAAGACACAGACAAGAUCCCCUUCAUCCGGGAAGCAGAGCGGCUGAGGCUCAAGCACAUGGCCGACUACCCUGACUACAAGUACCGUCCAAGGAAGAAGGUUAAGACACCCAGUACUAAGACAGAGCGGGGGGAGAGAGUAGAGAAAGGAGCAGAUAGGAGCGGGGGUUCUAAGUCCUCAUCGAAAAGAAGCUCUGGGUCUAUGGGGGCCAGCAGAGCGCACAAGCAGGGACAGGGGAGCGGCAAGCUGCCUACCCAGGGGCCGGAGUGUGCGUCUUCUGCGGAUCACCACACACUCUACAAAUCCAGGUCAGUGACUAGCGCCAGACAGAUACCAGACAAGCCAGCCAGGCGCAGCUACAUGUUUGGCGGGGGAGGGAGCUUGGACAGCGAGCCACCCUCUGUGGGAGUCCCUGGGAGUCCUGCUCUGAGCAGCUCGGCUGAGUCCAGUGACCCGAUGAGCCUGUACGAUGACCAGGUGACGGGGACUAGCAAAGCGCGCUCCACUAACCCUUCAUCAUCCUCAUCAUCAAAGGCCCGCCUCAGGUAUACACGUGCGUCCUCUCCAACCCCGUCCGCCUCUCACUCCUCUUCCUCCUCCCUCUCUUCUUCCUCGGAUGAAGAGCAGGAGGAUGAGCGGUUCGAGCUAGAGCCGAGCCCCGGGUUUAAGAGCACGUCUCUGGGCAGCAUGGGGCCGUGUGUGUCGGAGCUGGACAGGGAUCUGGACUGGAGCUUCGGGGAGUGCGGGGCGGGAUCUCACUUUGACUUCCCCGACUACUGCACCCCAGAGGUCAGCGAGAUGAUCUCGGGAGACUGGCUGGAGUCCACCAUCUCCAACCUGGUCUUCACCUACUGAGCGGCAGAGAGAAGGAGAGAAAAGAAAACGCACAGAGAAAAUAAGGAAAAGAGAACCCCUUUGCUUCUUAAACCCCGUGAGAAUCUGCAGACAUUCAGAUUAUUGGGGAGUGAAACGUGCACCAAACAAUUCUCCUGCGUUCCGGAAAAGACUAGCCUAAGUUGCCGUACAUGUGUUUAGGUAAUUCAGGCAUGGUGUUGUGCAUAAGAACAGCGUGUGUUUCAUCUUGUGCUUAUUGACAGGGAUCAAAGACACCAAUUGGGACAGGCACUGGGCGCAUUGCUGCCUUAGUGCGCAGACCAGCCGGAAAUAAAGUGCUUAGCUUGCAUUUUGGAGACGGGAUAAAUCCUUUCUCACUCCCUCUGAUCCCGCCUCUGUUUAGGACUGACACACAGACGGACUUACUCAACCGGGUCGCAGAAGGACGUUUUUUCUGGCUGAUGGUGAUGAUGACUGUAUGAAUAAAGUACAUUUUUCGGAGAGCUUGACGUUGCAAAGGGGGGUUGAACGUUUUAUAAGUGACCCAGUCGGGGGAUUUUCCCGCCUGUGUUGAUGAUGUUUAUGGAAGUUAAUAUUCAGGGUUUGUUUUUCUUUUCUGAAGCUUAGAAUAAUAAAUAACAGCAAACACGUGCUCCCUGUGGAGUAUUGAUGACCCGGUAUAAUAAUGUUUAUGACAAUGUGAUUACAGCGCUGAGUGUGCGUGUGUGUGUGCGUGCGUGCGUGCGUGCGUGCGUGCGUGUGUGUGUGUGUGUGUGCGUGCGUGCGCGUGUGUGUGUGUAACCACAGAACACAGUUCACAAUCACCAGCUUUCCUCUCAAUGGCAGGACUUUUAAUUAAUAACAACUUAAACUCAGAAUCUUUUGUCUGAAAACUUGUACGCUCUCAAUGCACAUUUCAGGACUAUUUCCUUUAGUGCGCAACUCCUAGUGCUUCUGACUUUGUAGUUAUUCUAUAUCAGAUGAAGUUUUUUUAUAUCGCUGUAUUUAUACCAGCCGAACAUGUUUUUUUUUUUGUGUUUUUUAUACUUUGAAGUAUUGUUAUCAUAUAAUAGGUCUCGUUUAUGUGUAAGCCAUGCACCUGUCUGUAUCCCUCUGCGGAAGGGCUAGACGUAAAUCUUAUUUGAAUGUUAAUAUCUCUGACUUUUUAAAGGAGAACUCAGUGUGUCAUUUUCUAAACGUGUAUUUUUGUAGGAGGUCUAAGGAGUGAUGCUGGUGGAUUUUUGGUUGGUUUCUGUCUUCGAAGCCAGAGGGUCCGUUGUCACACAAUCUGCUCCCUAUACUAUGUUUACGCUUUGAUAGUAUCACGCCACAUGCUUCUUAAAGGCACAGUGUCUAUAUUUCACCAGCCGAGGAAAACAAACUCACUCACUACUACGCUGGAGCAUCAUCUGCACCCAGUCACUGCGUUUCUACAGUGGGGUUGGAUAACCUGGACCCAAUCUGUUUGCGCUGUCAUGUUAAGACCUUGCAAAAGAAGUGGCAUGAUGGCACAAACAGACUGGUACCCAGGCUAUAUCAGAACUGUUAGAGAGAGAGAUGCUGUUGGAUUGAGUGAAAACAUCUGUAUGCUUUUAUGGUGAUAUGUUUGAUUUCAAACCACUGGAUGGAAUGUGAUACUCACUCAUUCUAAAUGCCUAUUUGAGUCAGAGGGAGAUGGAGGGAGAUGGAGGGAGGUGGAGGGAGGUGGA